AUGACCAACAAGAGCUACCUCGCUUUCCUCGACGAGAGCGCCCAGAAGUUCUCGCGGGCAAACGUCCCAGGCUUCGCAGCCCUGCCCAGCUUCAUCCCGCACCGCGUCCGCAGAAAAUGGAGAGCCACAAAGUCGCGCAUACGCAGCCGCCAGUCUCCCACGUCAUCCAUCGCCUCCCUCGAGACCUCCUUCUCCCCCGCAGACACCCUGCGCUCGCUGCGCACCCACCCGUGGUCCAUAUAUGACGGCCAGUACCUCAUACUGGCCAUCGUCGCCAUAUUCGCUCUCUCCGUGAGCGAAGCACCGGGGCCCUUUGCGAAGACGUUUGUGGCAGCGCUGCUCAUGGGCGGCCUAGUCCUACCCAUCUCAAGACAAUUUCUCCUGCCAUUUCUCCCCGCCCUCACAUGGCUACUCCUAUUCUCUAGCUGCAAGUAUAUCCCAGCCGAUUACCGCCCCGCCAUCUGGGUGCGUGUGCUCCCAGCGCUCGAAAACAUCCUUUACGGCGCCAACCUCAGCAACAUCCUUUCCGCCCAUAAACACACAGUUUUGGAUAUCCUGGCUUGGAUCCCGUACGGCGUCAUCCACUACGUGUCGCCCGUCAUUGUCUCUGGAUGCAUGUUCAUUUGGGGCCCGCCCGGUACCGCUCCCAUCUGGGCACGCGCCUUUGGCUACAUGAACAUGACUGCCGUCAUCAUCCAGAUCAUCUUCCCCUGCUCACCUCCCUGGUACGAGAACACCUACGGUCUGGCUCCUGCCAACUACUCCGUUCCCGGUGAUGCUGCCGGCCUCAAGGCCAUUGAUACCUUCUUCGGUAUUGAUCUCUACACUUCCGGGUUCCACGCCUCUCCCAUGGUGUUUGGUGCUUUCCCAUCGCUGCACUCCGGCUGGGCAACCCUGGAGACGCUGUUUAUGGGACACGUCUUUCCCAAGUUGUUUCCGGUCUACCUCUUCUACACCAUGUGGCUGUGGUGGUCGACAAUGUACUUUUCUCACCACUACGCUGUAGACCUGGUAGCUGGCAGUCUGCUGGCCGGAAUCGCCUACUUCUGGGCUCGUGCCAAGUUCCUGCCCCGCGUGCAGCCCGACAAGGAGUUCCGCUGGGAUUACGAGUACGUCGAGAUCGGCGACCCAGCAGAUACCCAAUACACCAUGCUCGACAUUUACGAGGAAUUCCACCCACUUUCCGACUCGGAUGACUGGGCGAGCGGCUCCUCAUCCUCCUACUCAACCGGCGGACGCAGCCCAUCCACCGGCUCACGAUCACCCGUCGACGAUACCCAAAGCCUUUGGGACGGUGACACAGUUGGAUCCGACACCGAGCCCUCGAAAUAG